CACCAUGGACCAGUCAAAAGAAGGCUCUCCUUUGUUUGGGGUUCCCACCGAAUUUCGGCGCAACACCAAGUCGUCUAACGCAGAUGAUCAGAGUGCAUCAACUCCUUGGAGCCUUCCCCCGACAGAGAGCUACCGACGAAUUUCGGAUGACAUCCGAAGCAUCUUGUCAGACACAUCCGACAAGCAGAGCAACGUGGCCGACUACGACACUUACCCGAUUUUGCAUCGAAGCUCACGGGAACGGCCGGAAGUACACACCCACAAGGCUAGGGCCGCCAUGGCCACCCGGCGCCGUCAACUUACUCUCCCGUCAGUGCCUGUUACCACCGAAAACGCUAUCCAGGCGAACGACUUCCCGUCGGAUGAGCCGAGCACGUCACCUAAACGACGACGCCGACCGCGAGCGCAAUCCAUCAAGAAGGAUGACUUCAAGAACGCCGCUUUCCCACGCGCAGCACGACGGUACAGCAUGCACGACCCAAGUGUGGAUGAAGAGGUGACCUCCUACCAAGCCAUGUCACCCGGGACCCUUGCCACAGUAACCGACACCAGGUACAGCUCACACGCGCGAGCUCCGAGGAAACUUCGUCAAGAACAGAUAAGGGCAUCAAGGCGACACGUAACCGUUAAUCCACCCAGAACGCGAGUUGUGCUCUCGAGGACUCCGGCAUUGUCGUUGUCACCUUCACCUCCGAUCGAUGAGUUCACGGACAUUCCUCCGGUAGAAUUGAUUCUUUUCGAGCCUCGACAGUCUCUUACCGGAGAUGUACAACGGCCUCGUCAUUCCGAACGGCCUCUGACGUCGUCGCCACUCAAAUUAAGGCAAGCAGCUUCGAAGAAAAAACGCAUGGACAAGAACGAGACAUACUCUGCGUCACCGUUCUCUCCGGAUACAGCGUCGCAACCAACAAUGCCUCGUGCGGACGUGUCCGAGCCGCCUGGCUCACCAGCAGAGCCUGCAGCAGCCGGCCGCGUCACAUACCUGCAUAUGUGGAUUUUCUGCCUAGCUGUCGCGGGAACGCUGAGCCUUCCCUUCGGGAUUGUCAUCCUCUCCUACGUGGCGACGCCGAAUAGAGACAUGAGAAAUCUCACCAGCGCACCUUUCAGCAUGGCGAAGAGCUCUGAUACGGCGAUAACGGCGGUACAUACAUAUCACUUUCCGAUACCGCCAACACGGCCAACGGUGGAUCCCUGGGAGGGAGUUCAGCGCAGAUGUCAACAGAUAAAGCAAAUCCGUGACGACGCUAACCUUGUGUCACCGCAGCGCUCUCCCCCUUUGAACCAAUCAAGACGUCCCAACAUCUUCUGCCUCUACAACAACUCCAGGUUUCACAGGGGCAACGUCUACGAUUUCUUGCCGCAAAACAUACCCUUCUCGAUCUGCCAAAAAAUUGUCUACUGGUCAUUCGGUAUCAAGGACGGUUUUCCGACCAGCCGAGCAGAGAACUUCGACCUUAUGUACGGCCUUGGAAAGCUUAGGGAAAUCUCGAACAAUUCCAGCAUUCCUGGCGUGAAGAUAUUACUAGCCAUCGGAGGUUACCCUGAGGACUACGCCCAACUGUCACUCCUGGGCAGAGAGAACGGUGCUCUUACUCGCUUCGUCCAUAGCGCGAUGGCGCUGAUGAGUUCCCACGUCCUCGAUGGUGUCGUUAUCCACUGGCUUGAAGGAGAACCCAUCUGUAAAAACAGAGCCGUUAACGACGCUAAAAUGUUGAACACCGUCUUCGUCGGCCUUCGUCGAAUCUUCCGGGUCAACGGCUUCCCCGGGCAGCUUGCCGUUAUUGUGCCAACGAGCACAAGCGAUACAGUUGCGCUCGUUGACAGCGUGGUCGACGUGGUAGACUUCGUGUUUAUGGAAACCCGGGGCCUGUGGCAUACCAUUCCGCUCAAUUUCACAAUGUGUAGUGCUUGGAGCUCAGAGGUCGUGAAAUUGUUAAGAAAGCAUAGUUUGUACACUGGCAACGAAACCAAGUUCUGCAUCCUUAUGAGCGUGGCGCCGUUUCUCGUGAUAGAAUCCUCCCCGCAGGCUACGUUUGGUCACCCACCUCACUUGAUCCAGUUUUCCAACUAUUCGAACUAUACGAGUGCUCCAGGAAUAGGCAACGCGUUUGACAUGUGCGGAUCGCGCGGAUCUUGCUUACGAAGUCAGCGUUACUCAACGUCCUGCAUAUUCGUGAAAGGAUCGGAUCCGGCUAUCCCGUCCCUCUUGUACAUGUUCAACAACCUAAUGACAGUCGCGAAUGUUUUCAGAAAUGCUGCUAUGAGAAAAUUGACUGAUCACUGCAUGCUUCUCGUUGACCUGGACUUGGACAAUUACGCGAAACAGUGUGGUCACAAAUUAGACGAUUUCUGGUUUACCCGCUACUUUCACGAGGCGCUCGAUGGUACAGCGUCCAUGUAUCUUGGUAAUACAAUGUUUACCUGCUGACGCUCGCUCUAGUUUCUGAGCCCUAUGCUAUAACUUUCUUUUAUUCUUCAGAGCUUUAUUACGUUUACUUCUUAUAAAGGUCUUAAAGUGAUACAUAAGGGGUGGCUUAAAGACGUAUUCGCGUAGUUUAUUGGCCUUGCGUGCACGUUUCCGUUGUUAACAACAGAAGACAAUACACAGAAAAGUAGGAAAAGGAUGAAGGAAGCCGGCCAUUACCAAUGUUAUAGGACAAGUGUACGGUGUGGCUGCACUGUUGCCAAAAAUUAGCCGAGAUUGGGGUUUUGCCGAUCAUGCGCUUUGAAAACUCCCUUGUACUAAAUCAUUACUCCAUCGUGCUGGAGUAAAAUGCGCUACCCCAAUGAUUCCCUAAUAUCCGAUGGACAUCCGGAUAAGGUACUAACGCUGACGACCAGCACAGAGCAUUCACGGGUAUCCGCUGGACAUACGGAUAACAUCCGAACAUUCAACUCCCGUAUAGGGUGCUCUGUGGAAAAGCGAGGUUAUGAAGACCCGAUCAGUUUUAUCCAGUGCAUAUCCUACGGACGUCCAUAAUAUCGGAUAUUAGACAUCGGACAUUGCUAGGAGCUAUACUACUUUCGGCCCCAGAGAAACAGUAAAAUGUUGAUACACCAUAUGUAGCGUUUGUUCUCUUCUUGGCAACGGUCAAGCAUACAGUAAUCGUUUCACAGUACGCAAACACAGCACGCCACCC